GCGACGAUCGCCGUGGGCGCCAGGGGUCUCUUCGCGGGUUCUCUUCGAUGGACGUUCGACGUGGGGCUGACUGUGUUCGCGCGACUAUCAACAACAACACUAUGGGCAAGCACCACGCCACGCACCACGCGCCGUCCGUCGAAGCCGACGAGAAGACGAUGCAAUUCCUGACCAAGUUUAUGAACACGGCGACCAAGGAAAAGCUCACCGAGACGUUCGAAGGCCACAUCACGGACCACAUGGCCGACCUGAUUGUCGACCAGCGCCUCUUUGGCGGCCUCAAGCAGCUCGACGACAUUCUCGAGAAGAAGAUCAUGCGGAAAAAGCACUUUGAGGCGUUCCAAGACGUCGCGCUGCAGUGGGCCGUCGAGCACAAGCCCAAGGAGAAGCGAGAGACGGCAUGAGCGCCGUCGCAUUUGGGCCAUUUUAGCCCUACUAAUAAUUUGCAUUUUACUCGUUUCUUCCUCCAAGA